AUGCCAAUUCAUAAACCAUAUGCAAGUUAUAUACGUUCAUGGAAGGCAAAAUCACCAAUUAUUCAAUUACACUUGGUUUUACUAGAAAUUGAUUCAUUUCAAGAAACCAACAAACUAGAUCAUGUAAAGAAACCUUAUAAUAACAAUAAAUCUGUUGGAUUACCAAAAUUUCGAUAUAAAUAUUUAGAACAUAAAUUGACUUUGUACUUGGUGCAUAAUGGGCAAAUUUUUAUCCCUCUUGAAGCUUUAGAAGGAAUUGAAAAAAUUAGUGAUAGAAUUAAUUAUCAUUGGAAUUCAGAGUACACAGCUGGAAAGAAAAAAGUAAUUACUGAAAAUAUGAAAAGUGCAAAAUCAAUUACUUUAUAUAUGCAUAAAGAUGUAUCAGAACAAGAAAUUGAUAUAGCAGGAUUGCACAUAAAUUAUAUGAUAAAAGCUAGAAAAAAUAAAUCUUACUCAAGUUGGAAAGAUGAUUGGGGUAAAAUUUCAGAUAGUAACAAUUAUAGUAAAAAAAAGCAUGAUGGUAAUUUUAAUAAAAAUAAGAAGUAUGGUAAUGACUACAAAUAUAAUAAUAGUAAUAGUGAUAAAAAUAUGAAUGAUUAUGAUGAGAAUAAAAAAGGAGUUAAUAAUUAUAAUAAUAAUAGUGACAGUGACAAAUUUUGUUAUCAAAAAUUCAAAAUCCUAACUCCAAAAAACAAUAAAAAUGGCAAUAAUAAUAACAGCAGUAAUAAUAAUAAUACUUCAAAUAAUAAUGUUGAAGUUGAUUUAAUUAAUAGCAGUAUUAAUGAUAACAAUGAUGAUAAUAAUAACAAUAGUAAUAAUAAGGAAAGAAUUAAGAAUGAAAAAAAUGCAAAACAAUUAAUUAUAAAGUUACAUCACAGCAACACUGACGAGGUCAAAAAUUAUCUCAUCACCAAAUCCUACAAACUUUCCAAUCUAACAAAUUUAAUAGAAAAAUCAUACAAUUUUGCCACAGGUACUAUCAAACAAUUAAAGUAUAAAGAUUACUUUAAUAAUUUUGUUAAAAUAACAAAUGAUUUAGAAUUUCAAAUUGCUAUUUCGAUUUAUAAAAUUGAUAAAAACAAUCCCAAUAGUAGUAGUAAUAAUAAUGAAAAAUUUGAAUUAUGGUAUGAUCAACAAGAUCAACAAUUUAAAGAAAUAAAAAUGUAA